UCUCUCGGCCUCCUGUUUUCUUUAAGGGUGUUUUUCAAAGCCCUUUUUCUCAUCUCCUCCUCCUCCGAGCACUCAGCCAAGGUGGGAAGGAGAGACUGUCUGUGAUCUGAACUGUGUUCUUUACCAGCUCUUGGGUAGGAGUAGGGCAUAAACAACCUAGCAGCAGCAGCAGUAACCAUACAGGGAGCAGGAGAGUCUCCACAAUGAAUGGCAUAAGGACGCCUCAGCAGGCCUGUGAGGAGGAUCCGAGAGAGGCUUCAAAGAAAGGAAGAUGGCUCCGGGGGAAGAGCCUGCUCCUGUGUGCUCUCAUGCUCAGCACUGUCCUUGGGUUUGCAUUGCUUCUUGCCUACACCAUCCUGACCGGUGGCCUGGGUACAAGACAUGACAGUCCUUCUCCUUUCCCUCACACCCGACCCACCAAACCUUGUGACACCGAGGAAUGUCUCACGCUCCUGGCCAGACUCCUGGAGGUGAGAAAUGCCACCAUAGACCCCUGUGAGGAUUUUUAUGGCUAUGCCUGUGGCAACUGGGAAGCCAACCACUUGCGCACGGAGACUAUGGAGUCAUCAAAUGUGUUUGAUGUCCUGCUGGAAGAAAACCAGCUGAUCCUGAAGAGGCUCUUAGAGGUUCCACAGCUCAGGGUUGAAGGCUCAGCCAAGGGAAAAGCCAUCCAGUUCUACCACUCCUGCAUGGAUACCCAACAGAUAGAAGCAGAAGGGGCUCAGCCCUUGAAGGAGCUCAUAAAUCAGGUUGGUGGCUGGAACUUCACAGGCCCCGGGAAACAAACCGAUUUUAACCAGACCCUGCAAACACUCAUGGGCAAAUACAACACUUUCCCCUUCUUCAGAGCAUAUGUGGGACCCAGCUCGUCUGACCCCAGCACCAAUAUUAUCCAGAUUGACCAUCCUGAGUUUGAGAUGCCACCAGAGAGUGACUACAAUGAAAAAGCAAAUUAUCCUGAGGUCCAACAGCCCUACUCAGCAAACCUUGGUCCAGGUUGUCCGUGUGUAUUUCUCAUACCUGAUGAAGCUGGGGACACUGUUGGGAGGGCCACAGAAUGUUACCUCCACCGUCAUCUCCUUCGCCUUGUCCUUCAUCUCCAACCUCCAAAAGGAGGUCACCCCACUGCAGGAACGGCAGGAGAGAAGGAUGCUCUUCUAUCACACCACUAUCAGGGAGCUGCAGGAAAAGGCACCCACAAUCGAUUGGCUGUCAUGCCUCCAGGCAGCCUUCCGUCCUGUGCAGUUGAACAUCUCCCAGCCAAUCGCAGUGCACGACAUGGAUUAUUUGAAAGGGUCCUACAGAUCUAUAUGAUCCUCUGCCUGGUUGGAAAUCUCUCCCCAGCCCUUGACAGCCGGUUCCAAGAUGCACGCAGGGAGCUGUUUGAAAAGCUGCAUGGAAAGACAGGGGAAUCUGGGAUGGUACUGGCCCAUCGCUGGAGGAAAUGCCUGAGUGACACCAGCACUUUCUUUGAGCCUGUCCUUGCGGAGAUGAUUGUGCAAGAGAUUUUCCCUCAAGAGACAAAGGAACUUGCUGAGAAGAUGUUCUCUCUGGUUCGAGAUGCCCUCCACAGUCGGCUGGAUCAGGUGGAGUGGAUGGAUGAGCAGACCCGACAAGAGGCCAAGGACAAGGUUUCUAAGCUUCAGGUGGAAAUUGGCUAUCCAGACAGCAUCCUCCAAACUGCUGAAAUGGACCAGGAAUUCCAGGAUCUGGAGAUACAUGACAAUACCUUUUUGCUCAAUGUGGUGGCCUGCCUGAAGGCUGUGAGGGAAAAUUUCUCCCUGAGGCUCCUUCAGCCCCAGCUGCAGGAUAAUUGGGAGGUCUUCCCUUGGUCUGUCCAUUCCUACUACUCAAUGAGGCGCCACACCGUGGUCUUCCCUGCGGGAAUGUUCCGCAGCCCCUUCUUCCACGCUGAGUUCCCCAGUGCUGUGAACUUUGGAGCCAUGGGAGUCAUCAUGGCACACGAGCUGCUUCAUGCGGUCUACGAUUAUGUGGUGCCUGAGAGCUGUCCUAGAUGCAACAGGGAUGCAUUAGUGCGGGGUACAGACUGCCUGGUGGAACAGUAUGAACGCUACUCUCUGCAGGGCCUGAGAAUCAAUGGCACUUUCACCCUGCUGGAGAAUGCAGCUGACACAGGAGGACUCGCCAUCGCUUACCAGGCCUAUAAGAACUGGCUGAAAAAGCACAAACAGGAGAGGAAUUUACCCAGGAGUGGACUCUCACACCAUCAGCUCUUCUACAUCAGCUUUGCCAAUGGGAUGUGUGGGCACCAGAGCCCUGAGAGACUGCGAGCCUUCCUGCACAGGGACCCGCACAGCCCCCCACCACUCCGUGUCCGCGGGCCCCUCAGCAACAGCCAGGACUUUGCCAGGCAUUUCCACUGCUCCAGCACAACACCAAUGAAUCCAGCCUUCAAGUGCCACAUCUGGUAAUCCACAUGGAGAAGGAGGGGGAGAAAGAGAGACAGGCAGAGGUAUGGAGACUGGAGCUUUGUAGAACUUUUCCCUGCUGAAGAAUGGCCUGCCCUCACGCAGAGACAUGCUGGAGCCUAACCAAUUCCUCCCCAUUCCUUCUUUCUCAUCCUUUUUCCCCGCCAACAGGUCGUGGUGGCAGAAGGUUCCAGUCUGGGUAGCAGGAGGGAAGAAAAGCUAAACAUAGCAGCCAGUACAGUGUGUGCUACUCCCCAACUGCUCCGCAUGCCCUGCCCCAGUUAGGCCAAACUUGCUCUUCAGAGUAUGGGGGCACAGGCUUGCAAGAUCAAUAGACAAGCUGCAAUCAUUAACAACUUGGGGGGAACCUCACAAGUCCCCAUGCACACCUCCCACCCAUGCCUCCCACCCGGACCACCAGGGAUAGAAGAAUCUGGUUCUCUCACUCUGAAAGCACAUUGGGGUGGGGGGGAGGGAGAGACAUGCUGGUUACUGCUUCCAGAUGGGAAGAUGAGACAUUUAAUUAAUGUACAUUGCUAAAAACCCCAGCUAGAUAUGUUAUGGCACACCUGUCUUAGCGCCCCCAAUAUGAGUGGGAUGGUCCUGGGAUUUUAUCUUAUUUUCUGCUACUUAGCCUAGUGUCCUGGAUCUGACCUGCCUAGCUCUUUGGGAUUGUUUUUUCCCCUGUUACUCUUACCUCUGACCACUAGGGGCCUGGCCCAGUGCCAGCUUGAAUGGAAAGCUCAGUUCCAUUAACUUCAUUGGACUUUGGAUCAAACCCUAGAUACCCCUCCUCCAAUGCAGCAGCUGCCUCUCUUUUCUGAUUGCUCCCCCUGCUGACUUCUGCCGAGAAGGAAUAGCAGCAGCAGUAGCAGCUAUGCUCAAGCUUUUUCACACUCAGAAGAAGGGGAAGAGCAUGCACUGGCUGAGGGAGAAGAAAGGCUGGAACGGUGGAACCCCUUCUGUGGAGAAGAGGAAGUGGGGAAGCAAUUCAUGGACAGGACAAGGAGUGGAAUCUCAGGAGUCAGUGAUGUAGAUACAAUGUUGCAAGUAAUGAAGUUCCACCGGAACCAUUGAGUUAUGGGGGACUUCCAGAUGGAAUGGCACUCUGGCACGUCACUUGGUCCAUAGGGUGGCAAUGUCGCUCAAACAACUUUGGCUCUUACCCCACUGGGGCCCAGGCCAGAUUUGAGCGGCAUUGUGACCCAGGUGACACCACUCAUCACUCAGAUUUGGUCUGCUGUGUGAUGUGGGGUGGACAAUGGGGUGAGAGGAACUGAAGGGCAGCCGCCAGCCAAGAUUAGGAGUUGCGUCCCUAGCCUGGGAUGGGAGCGGAGUGCUGAGUUGGGCACUGGUGAGUGGCCUGGAAAGUCCUGGGGGCCGGUGGAUGAGGGGUUGGGGGUGUGAGGUGUUGGUGUACUAUGGGGCAAAUGGGAGAGGUGGGGGGAGUUGUGGCGGACAACUGAAGAUGUGGGAGGUGGUGCGGUAGGAUGUGGGCCCAAUGCUGGACAUAAGCAACAUUUUAGAUUUUGGAAGGGAGCCCCUAACGUAGUCCUGCACCAGGGCCUCAUCGUGUACAGUCAGGAGGAAAUGGGGUCUGGGAGGAUGUUAUCCCUCCCGACCCCCACAAGGUGUUAGAGAUUCCUACUCGUUGCCCCCAGUCACUCCAUAUGAAGAUAACAGACAAGUCUUGUUCCCUCUCACAAAAAGGCAUCGGGUUAGGGUGACCAUAUAUCCCAUUUUGGCCGGGACAGUCUCUUUUUUUAAGCCCUGUCCUGGCUGUCCCGAUUUUUUUUGGCAAAACUGGGCAUUUGUCCCAUUGCUCUUGUCAACUGAUCGGUUAGCAAGAGGAAACUGUACACAUGCUCAGUUUUUCCAAAAAGGUUGAGUGCAAACCUUAGCGGGGCAUGGAGGAACAUGUGUGUGCGGGCGAGCAGCAAUGCCAGCCCUUUGCAGGAGGAGGGCUUGGGAGAGCGGCUCGGGCUGGACCAGCCCUCCACAGGUGGGUGGCAGGGAGUCUCGGGCUGGCUCCACACAGGAAGGCAGGAGGGGGUGGAACAGCUCAGUGGUUUGAGCAUUGGCCUGCUAAACCCAGGGUUGUGAGUUCAAUCCUUGAGGGGGCCGUUUAGGGAUCUGGGGCAAAAAUUGGAGAUUGGUCCUGCUUUGAGGGGGUUGGACUAGAUGAUCUCCUAAGGUCCCUUCCAACCCUGAUAUUCUGUGGUGCCUUGGGCUGGCCCCAUAUGGUGUCCCAUGUUCCCUUUGGGAAAAUAUCGUCACCCUACAUCAACUUAGCUAGGGCCUGGGCCUGUUUAAGGAAAGGUUGGGAUGGUAGGGGAUGGUUUCCAGGGUUUAUGGGAGCCUCCAGAGUCAGACUAACCAUCCAGAUUUUAGAAUGCUUCUCCAAAUACCAAACUGCUUUUCAGGAAUUUUUGCUAUCCAGAUAGGGGAGUUUUGCUGCUGUUAUGUUUUUGUGACCUAGUAUCGUUGUAACCAAAUGUCCUGUAGUAAUGCAGUGUAGGGGAGGCAAAGAGUGAAAGAUGUAGUGGAUUUCAGGAGCAGCAAGAAAACUGGCAUUUAAGAAUGUUUCUGUGUUACUAAGAACAGCCUGAAAACUAUCAAUUUGGAGGCCCUGAUAAUUAGACCUAUAUUUAAAAAAACAAAAAACCUAAAUUCACUAGAAUUGGUGAACACACCCCUCCUGCAGCUCACGGAUGCCUGGUUUCUUUGUAAAGCUAUCUCUGGGAAAUUUUUUAAAUGGUGGGAGCUGGUUUACUCUGACCAUUAUACAGUAACUCCUCACUUAAUGUUGUAGUUAUGUUCCUGAAAAAUGCAACUUUAAGUGAAAUGAUGUUAAACGAAUCCAAUUUUCCCAUAAGAUUUAAUGUAAAUGCGGGGGGUUAGGUUCCAAGGAAAUUUUCUGGGGGCAGACAAAAGGCAUUAGAUACUGUACAGUACUGUACUGUACUGUGGUUGGGAAGUGCCCCUGGCUUACCCCACACAGGCAGAGCCCGCUGCAGGCAAGGACACUAGGAAGCACCUUCGCAGCAGCAGCAGAAGCUUCCCCCCUGAAGAACAGGCUCUGACUUUGCCGGGGAAUGCUCCAGGCCCUCCUCUUUCCAUCCCCGCUCCACUCCAGGCCCACCUCUUCCCACCCACAAUCCACCUCCUCUCUGGAGCACACCGCAUCCCUGCUCCUUCCCCCCUCCCAGAAAGUCCUAACAGCUGUUUGGCAGUGCUUAGGACUUUCUGGGAGGUAGGGGGAGGAGCGGAGAAGAGGAAUCUGUUCAGUGAGGAACAGCUGUUUGGUGGCAGAGGAAGCGCUGGGAGGGAGGGGGAGGAGGCAGAGAAGAGGAACUUGUGCAAUGCUCCCUUGUAAAGUUGCUGCUCUUCCACAGAACCUUACAAGCAGUGGACAGAGCAGGCAGCCAAACCUGUUAUAAGAAAACAUUGCACAACUUUAAACGAGCAUGUUCCCUAAUGGAGCAGUGACGUAACUUCGAAACAACAUUAAGCGGGAGGACAUUAAGUGAGGACUUACUGUAUUACCAGUGUGGUGAUUCUUUGGGAGUAGAUACUGGUAUUGGGAAUGAGCAUCAAAAUUAAAGCUGGAAAAGACCUAUUAAUUGUCUUAUCACUGUGACAAUUAGCAAGGGUUGUGGAGGAUUCUCAGUCUUUGGCAAUUUUUAAAUUAAGACUGGAUGUUGCUCUAAAAAAACAGGAAUUAUUGGGGGAAGUUCUAUGGCCUGUUAAUACAGGAGGUCAGACUAGAUUGUCACAAUCAUCCCUUCUGGCCUGGGAAUCUAUGAAUCCAGUGCCAGCCAGGGUAGGCCAACACAGUAUAUUCUUCAGCAGCACUUCUUUUGAAAGACUAUUCCACUGUUCUGUUCUCACUGAUUAAAGCCAAAGAGAAUGUACAUGAAUAAAAGGUUCCUUAUCUGUGUUGUUAUUAAUAACACUUUUGACUGAAAAAUUAUAAUUGAAAUAAUCUUAAAAUAUUAAAUGUACUAUUUACUAUUAAUGCUGAUUGAUUCAUUUUUGAAUUUCACUCAGUAUGAGAGAAUGAAAAUAGACUGCUGAAUUUCACUUUUUUUCUGUCAGUUUUAUUUUCCAGCUCUCAAGCACUAGGUCAUUGCUGUAAUAUCAGAGUUACAAAUGCUGCAGGAGAAUGUUUAAAUCCAAACAAAAAUCUGUAUUCCUUGGAGUGAACAAAGAAAAUCAUAGAAACAUUUCUACUAGUCUUGAGAAAAUGGUGUAUAUCAAACUCACAGUUUGAUAUAAGUAAUAGCACAUAUGCUGGUGAUUUCCAUACAUAGAUCUCAAAGCACUAUACAAAGAGGGUUAGAUAUCAUUAUCUUUAUUUUACAGAUAGGGAAACUGAGGCACAGAUACACUAAUGACUUAACCAUUAUCGCACAGCAGGUCAGUGGCAGAGAUGAGAGAAUAAACCAUAGGUGAAAUCCUGGCUCCCUUGAAGUCAUUGACAAAACUCCCUUAUGAUAUUAAUACGGCUGGAUUUCACCCCAGGCCUUCCAACUCUUACCCCUAUGCGUUAUCCACUGCAUCACACUGACUCCCUUUAAAAAAACCAACCUAAUAUUACAUAUUUAAGAUUACUUCCAAUGAGAAACAAAUGUGGAUUUCUGGGGUUUUUCUUUUCUUUUAUUUGUUUGCUUCCUGAAUGUGUUGGCAUUCCCCCCCGCCAAUAUUUUUUCUUUUUUUUUUACAUUGGAAAUUCAGGUCUUGUCAGCCAUGCUUUUCUUGGAAGCCUGUUGGACUACCAGAGAGCUAGGAUCUUUAUGACAUCAGAGAAAUCAUGCAAAUGAAACCUGAUUCAUUGAGAUGGAAAGAGAUUUUUUUCUACUCGAACUGUUUAAAACCAUUUGUUUGGUUGUUGGUGGUGAUGCUUUUGUUUUUUAAACAUCUGUUUAACAAACUCAAAUACCUGAAUAAUCAGUGUGAAGCAAAGCUCUUGUAAAUAGGGCAUACCUUGCCCUUCAAGUAUGGGCUGUGAGAUCUGAGAAUCUACAUAUCCAUGUCUUCCAAGAAAGACCUCCAGCAAAACAGGAAAAACAAGAUUUAUUUUCCUUUUAUUUCUAAGGUUAAAAAAAGAAAAGAAGGUGGUGAAUACCUUACAGCUUAACUAACAUGGAGUUAUUCAGGGACAGCUAUUAUUGAAUAACUCCAUGUGUUGACACACCCUUACUUGGAUUGUAAACUCUUUAGGUAGGGCUCCCUUUUUGUUCUGUAUCUGUACAGUGCCUAGCAAUGGAGUCCAGGUUCAUGACUGGGGUGCUACCUUAACAAAUCCUGUUAGGCCUUUUUUGUCCCUCACAAAGAAGAGCACAAGCCAAAUGUUGCUAUCCUUUGCAGAUCACUCUUAAAGUGUUUACUGAUUCCCACACCGGAACUUUUCCUCUUUGUUCAAUUUUGUUCCACUAAUUCCUAGUUCAGUCACCUCAAGCAAGACUCCCUGAAAAAUACUCCUCUUUCCUUUGCAUUUAUUUCCUUCAGAUACUACAGCCUGACCUAAUGAAUUGUGAGCAAUAUAUACUGAGAAUGAUUCAGCUCAUUUUGACUCACUCCAUUGUACUUGGGUUGCAUGUCUCCUUCUUUGCUUCUUUACAAGAAGGCUUUAUAAAGAAAACCUUUACAAAAAAUAAGGCUUUCUUUUCUGGUUGGUGUUUGCUUUAGAAAGAUCAGCCUGAUCUUUCAUGUUUUUUCCAGACGACUUCUUAUGGGGUGUCAUAAUACCUGUAUUGUGAGCUUCCAUAGCUCAGCUGAAGGGGUAGACAUCCUUUGUCCAAACUGUUCAUUCAUUGGAUUUUAAUAAAAACAAAGAGUUCUGAACAAUCUAUAAACCUUUCCUGUCACAAUUGCUCAGACUUCAGUCUCUGUUGACUCUAGUAAUGUCAUCUUUUCCCUACUUAUCCAAUUUCUGUAAAGUCUUUUAGGAUGGACAAGACCUGAAUUUCUAAUAUAAAAAAAAAAAAAAAGAAGGAAAAUAAAUUAAUAAAUCCUUCCCAGGCCAGCAAAAGUUGGCACAAGCCCAAUUUUUAAAAAUCCUUUGCAGGUCAAUUUUAAUAUUUCUCAUAUGCUUUCUAUUGGCUAUUUUGGUGAUUUUUUUUAUAAUUGGUAUCUCAAAGUGUAUUUAGUUAUUUUACUCAUAAUUUUCAUCAUCAAAAAAAGAUUGUGUUAUGUCCCCAACAAACCUAUUCUUUAUUAUUUAAACUGAUUCUUACAGUAAUCUA